AUUUUUUUCUCCUAUAGUCUAAUCAAUUGCAUGGCCUAAUCCUUUUAUAUGAAACAGGUCGUUAUGAUCUAGUGGUUCAGUUUUGUCUCGGGAUUUCUAUCGGAAUAAUAUGUUCUUAUAUAGGAAAUAGAAGGGAAGUUGAGAAAUUGAGAGGAUUGUUAAAGCAGGCUGAGAACUUGGUUCAAGAUCUUCAAGAAGAGCUUGAAAUGAAAGAUUCAUUGACAGUGAAGGAGCUAGUCAAUGAGAAUUAUGAAUUAAAAGAAACAUAUUACAAUUCGUUUCCCAAAAGGGAAACGAAUUUGUCUUCCCUUGAACGUAAUACGGAUAAUUUGACAAGACUCGAUGGUGAAGAAUCAAAUCAUCAAAAGGUAGAGGAAAGUGUGGAACCUAUGAGUAAAAUCGAAGCAGAACUUGAAGCCGAACUUGAGAGGUUGGGGCUUAACAUGGAUGUACCAAAUCAUGAGCGUAGACUGCCCGAUCUUGUCGAGAUUGACCCAGAUUUUGUAGCAGACUUUGCUGAAGGUGAAUUGAGAUCUGAUAUGGUCACCGGACAGCCUCUUGUUCAAUCUAUGUCUAAUGAAGAUAGAAGCGGCACCUCAACUACUCAUUCUGCAAAUUACGCUGUCUCUCCCAGAGAGUUGAGCCUGCGUUUGCAUGAGGUGAUUCAGUCAAGGCUUGAAGAACGAGUACAAGAACUUGAGACAGCCCUCGAGAACAGCCAGAGGAAGGUGAAACUAAUGGAAUCAGAGCAUAAGAAUCCUAAUAACAAAUGGAAAUACUCAACCACCCUGGAGAGUCCACAAAUGAAUGAAGAUCUCCAUUGCAUGUCGAAGCCUCAAGUCCCGAAAUUAGCAUGGGAAACUCCAGAUCAUGCACACAAUGAGGCUUAUGAAGAGGUGACAGAAGAGGGUACACCAUUUCGUAUUUAUCGGAAUAAUCAUCAGGAAAAGCUGCCUUGGGGUGAUCAAUACAAUGCAAACAGAUCCGAUGGAACAUUUUAUGAUCAGGUAAGAACAUCGGAGGAUCAAACUCCAAGGGUCCAGGAGCUACUUGAUGUGAGUGUAAGUGAAUAUGAAUGUAGUGAUAAUGAUGAAAUGGAGAAGCUAUUGAUACAGCAAAUUGUGGAGAAAACCAAGAAAGGAUCUCCUGUAUUGCUAGAUGCACAAAGAAUAUUGUUUUCCAUGGAUGAAAUUUAACUUUUGAGAAUCAUAUUGAAAUCGAGAGACCAAAUUUUUUGCAUUUUAUACAUAUAGGACUUGUAUUCUUU